AUGCCACGCGCCAAAAAAGGUCCUCGCAAGUCCCUCGGCGGAAGAGCGACCGUGAAAGAAGCCCCCGACCAUGAGAUUCUUCAUUUCAAAGACCACGCCGGCCAGAGCUACUUAGCGGUGCCCAAAUUGGGUAUACAACUAUACCUUCUUGGAAGCCACACUGAACCUGCUGUCCAAGAGCUGGCGAAAAGAUUUCUUGGCUGCGAGGCCAUUCACAGCUGGCGGGGAAUGCAUUGGCCACGCGUCGACACGUACUCCGGUUUUGACACAGUCGAGAGUUGCAUUGAACACCAUCGUCGAGAGAAAGCUUUCCGAAAGAGCGUCAUCGAUGAGAUGAAACGGAGUGAAGUCGUGGGCCUCUCAAAGGAAGAUGCGGCCGAGAAGAUAAGAACCAAGAUCCGCGGAAGGGAGCCCCUCCCGCAUAUCGUCCCUACCUGGUGCCCAUCAGAAGCCUUUUGGAACGAGAUUGAAUUUAAGCACCGUUACCGUUCUUGGAUAAUUGUCAUUCCAGAGAACCGUCUAUCGUGGGAGAAUGUGACGGAGAAGGGUCUUCUCUCUGUGCGCUUUGACCUCGAUGUCACACCGGCAAUGCAUACCUUUUGCUGGGAUGCACAAUAUAAUGAACCAUCUGAACUUCCAGGAGACAACGUUGCAUGGGUGCUUGUGGAGAAGACUGGCUUGGACUCGUGCAAGCCCGUGGAUUGUAAGCUUUUAUGUGCGAGAGACCAGCCGAAGCGUAGCUUUCUCGAUCCCGACAUGGAUCCCGAGGAGCAGAUGAGGAUCGCUUACGGAUGGCACACUCCUGGUACCAAUGGAAGGUUAUUCGAUGAAUGGUCAGACUCAACUGAAUGGUUCCGGGACUGUGCCUAUAGUGCGAAUUGCGAUGCUUGCGAUGAUGGGGAGCCUCACGAUAUUUGUGAUGAUGAGUUGAAUGAGCAUUAUUUUGACGAAGACGGACAGUGUAUUGCAUGCCGAAGGGUGUUAAUCUAG